CUUCCAAGUCUCAAAUUUUAAGACAUACCAAAUACAGAGAUGGCUGUCACAAAUGAAGAGGAACAGCAAAACCAACCCAUUGGUCACAAAGAUCUCUCUCAUAAGAGUCUCCUUCAGAGUGACGCACUCUAUCAGUAUAUUCUUGACACCAGUGUGCAUCCAAGAGAGCACGAAUGCCAGAAGGAGCUCCGCCAGAUGACGGAAAAACACCCUAGGAACCUCAUGGCUACACCACCUGAUGAAGGACAACUUCUGGGCAUGCUGCUUAAACUCAUGAAUGCCAAGAACACCAUGGAAAUUGGCGUUUACACUGGUUAUUCUCUGCUCUCCACUGCCCUCGCUCUUCCCUCUGAUGGAAAGAUAUUGGCCUUGGACGUGAACCGAGAAUACUAUGAGCUGGGAUUGCCCAUAAUUCAAAAAGCUGGAGUGGCUCACAAGAUUGACUUCAGAGAAGGACCUGCUCUUCCUCUUCUUGAUGAGUUGCUUAAAGAUGAAAACAACAAGGAAACAUUCGAUUUCAUUUUCAUAGACGCUGAUAAGGACAACUAUUUAAACUAUCACAAGAGAGCGAUUGAACUUGUGAAGAUUGGGGGUGUGAUCGGGUACGAUAACACCCUAUGGGGUGGAUCUGUGGUUGCCCCACCUGAUGCGCCUCUGAUGGAUUACAUCCAGCAUUAUCGGAGUUAUGUGAUGGAGCUCAACAAGUAUUUGGCUCAAGAUUCACGAAUUGAGAUUUGCCAACUCCCCGUGGGUGAUGGGAUUACCCUAUGCCGCCGCAUCAUCUGAUCAUUCUUCGCACCCCAUUCGUGUUCUUCAAGAAUUUGGAUUUAUAUUUUUUUUAACAAAAUUAUGUGUGUCGUGUGUGUUUUUGACUAUAGAUUAAAAGCACUCUUCUGCAUGAAGAG